GGGGCCAUCAUCAACGACGGACUCGGCCCGGUCAGAGGCAGAUGAGUCUUAUUCCCGCGUACGACCCGUAGGAAGUUACUGCUGCUGCUGCUGCUGCAGUACCAUAGUAGAAGAAGAAGAAGAAAAAGAACUUUUUUCGUACUGUAGAGACGCGUCGAGAGUACCGGAUUAUUUUUUGUGCUUUUCGGUUAUAUUGAAAAAAAACUUUUUUUUGUGCUUGAAGUUUUGUGAGUUCUUGGUUUGGCAAUGGAGUUACUUUUAGGGCGUCGUAAAAGGUCGCCAGUAUUAUUAGCAGUUAUCUUCAUCACAUUUUUUCACAGCGUAUUAAGUAGGCAUCGAAUAAGGCACUACAAAGACCGUUUCAAAAGGCAACAAGGGGCACAUUUGUACCUGCCAGAGAGUUUCGUGACAGAGGGAGACGAGGGUCGGGAGGACGCCGGUCCAUGGUUGGAAUGGUCGGAACCGAGUCCCUGUUCCAGAACCUGCGGAGGAGGCGUCAGCACCCAAUACAGACAGUGCCAGGACGGUUAUAUUUGCCGAGGGGCUUCCAGGAGGCAUUUCUCUUGUAACACGCAGGAUUGUCCGGAUACAGGGGACUUCCGGGCCCAGCAAUGUUCCGAGUAUGACGAGGUUGCAUUUGAAAACGAAAAAUAUCAGUGGAUUCCGUAUACAAAAGGGCCGAACCCCUGUGAACUGAACUGUAUGCCCAAGGGGCAAAGGUUCUACUACAGACAUGCCCCACAAGUUAUCGACGGAACGAGAUGUACCGACGACAAACUGGACGUUUGUGUGAACGGAAAAUGUCAGCCAGUAGGUUGCAAUAUGAUGUUGGGAUCCAAUCUAACAGAAGACGAGUGUCGUAUCUGUGGCGGCGACGGGAGCACCUGUAACACCAUAAGAAAUACUCUGGAUUUGAAUGAUCUUCAAAUGAAACAAGGAUACAAUGAUAUUCUGUUAAUUCCUGCUGGGGCUACGAAUAUUGCCGUUGAAGAGGUAGCGCCAUCAAACAAUUACUUAGCUGUAAGAAACACAUCCGGUUAUUAUUACUUGAACGGUAACUGGCGAAUCGAUUUUCCUCGUUCCAUUGAGUUUGCCGGCAGUAAGUUCCAUUACGAGAGGUUCCCACAGGAGUUCGCUGCCCCAGAUAAAAUUUACACUCUGGGGCCUAUCGAUGAACCACUUUUCAUUGUUUUAUUAUAUCAAGAUACAGUGGUCCCAGUCCAAUACAAAUACAGUUUACCGACAAACGUUCAACCAGGAGACGACCAUGAAACUUACGCCUGGACUUUUGAUGAAUACACUCCCUGUACGGCCACAUGUGGCGGAGGAAUCCAGUAUAGGAACGUUUCGUGUGCCGGACGUAGAACUUUGGACCCGGUGGACGAAAUCCUUUGUGACGCAGGUCGAAAACCGGAAACCUCCAGGAGGUGUAACGAGGUGGCUUGCGAGGCUCAAUGGGUGCCACAUCCGUGGGGCAACUGUUCAGUCCCAUGCGGAGAAGAAGGAGGGAUUCAAACCAGAGAGGUAUCGUGUCAGCAAAUCGUCUCAAACGGGUAUCCUUCGUUAGUAGAGGAGACUCAGUGUCAAGGACCGAAACCACCCCAACAACAGACUUGUAAUAAAGGGAAAACUUGCGCCAGUUGGCAUUUAGGACCGUGGAAACCGUGUGAUCAUUUAUGCGGUGACGGGAAACAAACGCGACAAGUGACGUGUUAUAUUAAAGACGAAAAUGGGAAAAUUCAAAUUUUAGACGAUGCCCAGUGCGAGGCUUUAGAAGAUAAACCGGCCGCGGAACAGGAUUGUUUUGUACGGCCUUGUGAGGGUGUCGAUUGGAUUACAUCUGAAUGGAGUGGGUGCGAUAACGUGUGCGGAUUAAACAACGAAACGAGACGAGUAUUUUGCGCAACGGCCAAAGGACAAAUCUACGGUGACGAAUUGUGCGACCUAAAUCAAAAACCGGAAACGAUCCGGGGAUGCGAAAAAAGCGAAAACGAAACGUGCAACUUUAUGUGGUACGCGUCGCAAUGGAGCGAGUGUUCGGCCAAAUGCGGAGUGGGAAUUCAAACCAGAACGUUAUUCUGCGGCCUGUCCUCCUCCGAGGGCGUUAAAAAAGUCGAAAACGAGAAAUGCGAUCAAAGCAAGAAUUUUGAGACGAUUCGGAACUGUACUGGGAAUACGGAGUGCGACGGAGAGUGGUUCAGUGGACCAUGGACCGAAUGCUCCAAGGCUUGUGGAGGUGGAGAACGCUCCAAAAAGGUGGUUUGUAUUAAAGGAAACGAAGUGGUGGACGAUUCCCAUUGUGACCCUGACGCUUUUAUCAUACCGAGAGAAGAUUGCAACGAACAACCAUGCACUAAAGAUUCAAUCAUGCCGCUAGACAAGAAAACGUCUGCCGCCCUCGAGAAGGAAGAAAGCGAGAAACCGACCACUAAAAUGCCUCCCACCACCGAAUCUGUGACCGAAACCGGCGGAUCCGAAACGAGUGUGACCGGAAAAGAGUCUGACGGUACCGAAAGUAUGUCCGCGAGCGACAUCUCUGAGUUAACAAAGAGUUUCGAGUUCACCACCGAACCCCAAUCGGAGGAAUCCGGUAAAGAGGGCGAGGAAAACUAUGAAAUCGUGCCUGCGGAUACUUGUGACGACGGCGAAUGGGUGGAAGUGGCUGUUAAAGAAGUUCUUAUUGACGAAGCAUCUGCCGUAACAGAAACAACAAUAGAUUUCAGCGAACCGAGCGGCAGUACGACAACACCGCUAGAACCUGAUUAUUCUAUUUAUGACACCAUGAUGAGCGAUGGUACCACCAUGGAAGACACGGCCAUUACCGGCUCGGGAGAUGGCGCUAGUUCCUUGUCGUCAACGCAGGAAGAGGGUUCCGGAAGUGAACCGUCUUCCAUUGUAACCGACGAUGUUGAACCGUCUGUCUCAUAUAUAAGUUCUUCAAUGGUUUCCGGAUCCACCGAAUCAGAAACCGGAUCUACAACCACGGAAGGCAUCUCAGAAUCCCCAUCUACCACCAUCGAAAGCUCAGAAACGAGUACAGAAGUCUCUGCUAGUUCUGAAGCAACAACAAUCACGGGCACAGAAACUGGAACUACUGUUACUGAAGAAACUACGGAUGUUUCGUCAACUACAGCCAAACUGUUGGAGGAUGAAUUAAGUUCGCACGAGUGUCAGGCGCCAUUUGACGCGUGCGAGAUCGUAAAACGCGAAUGCCCCUCGCGUUACAAAAUCUACGUAGACGAAAACGAGUGUUUUACGUGUAAAUGUGGAGAAACUGCUUCAUCUGAGACUGUAGAGGGCUCUACAGAGACUCCUACGACUAUUGAAAGUUCCACUACUAUUGUAACUAGCGAGAGCUCUGAAAGUAGUACUUCAGACACUACCAUUGAUCUAAGUACUGUCACAGAAACCGCCACUAGUGGUAGCUCAGAAACUAAUGAAAGUAGUAGUUCGGAUACUACCAUUGAUCUGAGUACUGUUACGGAAACUAUUACUAGUGAGAGCUCUGAAAGUACUCAAACCACUGAAAGUAUAACUUCCGAUACUACCACUGAUAUGAGUACUGUCACGGAAACUAGUACUAGUGGUAGUUCAGAAACUACUGAAAGUGUUACUUCAGAUGCCACCACUGUGAACUUAAGUACUAUUACUGCAUCUACAGAGACUAUUGAGGGAUCUGAAAGUACCACUUCUGAGGGAACCACUAAAUCAACAACGAGCGGGUCUACCAUCGGAUCUACCGAAGAAAGCGGUUCUACCACUGAAGUGGGUUCUACUGCUACUGAUUCUUCUACUGUAACAAGUGAGGGUAGCACCACGGAAGUCAUUAGUACUUCUGAAGGGUCAACGGAAACUGGCGGUUCCACGGAAACCACCCAAUCGUUCACAGAAAGUACCACAGAAGUAACCUCAACCACUUCUGGCAGCAGCGAGGAGAGUACCACCACGGAAUCUGGAACAACUGGAUCCGAAAUGUCUACAACAGAAUCGACUGGAUCAACAAUGGAGACCAUGGAAACCGGCGCUUCCGAAAGUAGCACAGAGUUUACCGGCAGUACAACCGAAAUCGACAUCUUCUCCACUACACCGACAGAGACAGAUUUAACCACCACUUUGUGGCCUACGACGCACGUUACGGAAAUCUUUAAGAAGCGACAAAGGAUGUGCAAAAGACGGAAAAUCAUGCAGUGCCAGAGCAGUAAAUACGGCUGCUGUUGGGAUAAUAUCCAUGCCGCAGCGGGACCGUUCGAUAAAGGGUGUCCCACGCCGAAAACUUGCAAAGAAUCGACGUACGGGUGUUGUGCCGAUGGAGUUUCAGCAGCACUUGGACCCAAAAACCGAGGUUGUCCGAGCAGCCAUUGUAACGAAACACUAUUCGGUUGUUGUUGGGACAAGAAAACACCCGCGGAAGGUAACGACGAUGAAGGUUGUCCACCAAAACCGCCGGCGUGUGUUAGUUCUGAAUGGGGAUGCUGCAAAGACAACAUUACCGAAGCUAAAGGCCCGAGUCAAAAAGGUUGCGAACCAGACGAGACGACCGAAAACGAAAUCUCUACAACCGAAGCCAUCACCGAACCGACCACCUUAUCACCGGAAGAAUGUAAAACAACCGAUUACGGUUGCUGUCCGGACGGAACACCGGCUAAAGGUCCUCAAUAUCAGGGAUGUAACUUACCUUGUGCCAGUUCUACUUAUGGAUGCUGUCCCGACCAACAGAAUCCCGCGCACGGUUACAGGGGCGAGGGUUGUUGCCUUAAUACUCCGUUUGGUUGUUGCUCUGACGGUGUCACCGCGGCCAGAGGUGCCAACGGUGAAGGAUGCGACUGCCAGAGUUCGACUUAUGGAUGUUGUCCGGAUCGUGUAACGCCUGCUCAAGGUUAUAACAACGAAGGAUGCGGCUGUAGGUACAGCCAAUACAAGUGCUGUCCCGACGAGUUGACCGCCGCCUCCGGACCGAACUUUGAAGGUUGCCCGUGUCACACGUUCCAGUUCGGCUGUUGUCCCGAUGGGGUCACCGUUGCCGAAGGACCCCAACAACAAGGAUGCGAUUGCAGAUUAAGCGAGUUCGGAUGCUGUUCGGACGAAGUAACUGCGGCCACGGGACCCGAGGGCGCUGGAUGUAGUUGCGCACAAACGAAAUACGGUUGUUGCCUGGACGGUGUAUCCGAGGCUAAAGGCGAUAACUUUGCCGGGUGUGAAGAAAUUCCCGUUGAUCGUCAAGGUGCGUGUUCGUUACCGAACAUACGCGGUCCCUGCCGAAACUUCACCGUCAAAUGGUUCUACGACAUAAAAUACGGCGGUUGCUCCAGAUUUUGGUACGGCGGAUGUGACGGCAACGAAAACCGCUUCAAAACCAAAGAAGAAUGCGAGGGAGUGUGCGUCAAACCGCAAGGAAUCGAACGAUGCAACUUACCGAAAGUAAACGGCUCUUGCGACGGGUACUUCUUGAAAUGGUACUACGACAAAGAGAUGCGACAAUGUUCGCAGUUCGCUUACAGCGGCUGUUUAGGGAACGACAAUAAGUUCGAUACGCGUGAGGAAUGCGCCGAGUUGUGUUCCAAGGACGUUUCGGCGGAUCCUUGCGAACAAACCAAGUCCGAAGGUCCGUGUCGGGGACAAUUUAGGCGGUUCUUCUUCGACAAGGAGUCCGGAGAUUGUCAGGAGUUUAUUUACGGGGGCUGCAGGGGUAACAGUAACAAUUUCGUUUCUCGGGAGGCGUGCAAGUUGAAAUGCGCCACGCCCGGCAAGAAACGGGAUUAUUGCACGUUACCAAAGGCUGAGGGUAAUUGCACGGCACGAGAACCCCGAUGGCACUACGGUGCCCACGAGCAACGUUGCCUGCCAUUCUAUUAUACCGGCUGUCACGGUAACAAGAACAAUUUCAACAGUAAAGAUGCAUGCGAGGAAAAUUGCCCUAAAGAAGUCGCUCAAGAUAUGUGCCAUCUACCGGCACACAUUGGCGAGUGUGGCAAUUACGUCACCCGUUGGUACUGGGACACCAGGUACAAGAGAUGCAGCCAGUUCUACUGGGGCGGAUGCGGCGGAAACGCCAACAAUUUCCAGACGGCUGAGGAGUGCGAGAGGUCUUGCUUGCGGGGAGAGGAAGAGGUUCCUCCUCCUCCUACUGCACCUUCGACUCGUGCACCCGUUCAGGAGCCUCAAACUGAGAGGCCCACUCAAGCGGAGCCUGCACCUCAUACUGCUAGAGUACCCACCAUUGAAGAAAUUUGCGCAAUGCGUCCGGACCGCGGCCCAUGCACCGACGACGCCCUCCACUACUACUACGACGGCGUGGACGGAGUUUGCAAGAACUUCACUUACGGAGGCUGCGGCGGCAACUACAACAACUUCGAAAACGAGGAGAUUUGCCUCCAGUAUUGCGGUUCCGUUCGGGCGUUGCCUCCCGUUUACACCACUCAGGCCCCCCUUAUUAUUCGAGAACCUCUACCAGAAAACUCUCGAUGCUACGAACAAUUUGAUCCCGGUAACUGUACUUACCAGUACGAACUGUUCUAUUAUGAUAGAAACACUGACAGUUGUAAUAAGUUUAUUUAUUCGGGUUGCGGAGGUAGUGGAAACCAGUUUUAUAGCGAGGAAGACUGUCUCAGGCAAUGUGGAGAGUUUAGGGGACAAGACAUUUGCAAUUUGGACAUGGACCCGGGCCCGUGCUACGGCGCCUUCACCAAAUACUACUUCGACAAAAACAGCGGCACCUGCCGCGAGUUCAGUUACGGAGGCUGCAAGGGUAACGCCAACCGAUUCAGUUUGGUGCAAGAGUGCGAAGCGAUUUGCGGCAGAAGAGACGAACCGAAACCGUCCCAACAACCAGCAGAAGUGUGUCAGCUGCCGGCCGAUCAAGGCUCUUGUGCAGACCCGAACCACAAACGUUGGUACUUCGAUAACACCCAAGGGGAAUGCAAAGCGUUCAUUUACAGCGGCUGCGGCGGCAACUAUAAUAACUUUAAAACAUUCCAAGCAUGCUUAGAUUUUUGUAAAGACUUCUUGCCGCAUUCUGAAUCCCCAAUAGUAGACCCCGGGAUCGUCUCGAGCCAAAAAUGCCAAGAGAAAUUCGAAGAGUGUAGCAACUUGAGAUGCCCGUACGGUGUGGAAGCUUACGUGGACGAGAACGACUGUAACGGCUGUAGAUGCAGGGAUCCCUGUAGAGACGUAGACUGUCCAGAGAACACCAAAUGCGGCAUCGAUUUAAACAGAAAUAGAACUUCGCAGGAGGACGCCGAAUUUGUUGCUGUGUGCAGAGAAAUAAAUAAAUCGGGACAAUGCCCCGCCUUCUCCACGAACACCAAUAACGACAUUUGCGAUAACGAGUGUACGACCGACGCGGAUUGUACGUUACACUACAAGUGUUGCACCUCGUCGUGCGGAUUCGCUUGUUUGGAGCCUCAAAAGGAGGUUGUCGAGGUUCCUGCGCCCCAACCCGAGUACACCACGAUGUCCAGUGUCGAAAUUUAUUCUCCGCCUAAAAUCGACGUCGAAAUAUAUGAACCUGAAGUAUCGGCGAUGUUAGGGGACCAAGCGAUCCUAAACUGCGCAGUCAGCGGGAAUCCUAAUCCCAAUAUCGUUUGGCAGAAAGAUAAUGUCAUUAUUGAUGGUACGCAACCGAGAUACCGCAUACGACUGGACCAAACCCUUCAGAUUAUAACUAUUCACAAAACAGACGCCGGUGUGUACGUUUGCACCGCGGAUAAUAAAAUCGGUAAACCGAUACGAAACGAGAUUCGACUGGAAGUAGUCGAUCCAUCCGCCGACCGAGCCGUCUCAAUCUUAAACGGUCAAGAUCCGGAACUGCUCAGCAACCACAUAAUCGCCUCCUUUAAUUCCCCCGCAUCCCUCCAAUGUUACGCCCUGGGGUGGCCGUUGCCGGCGGUCACCUGGUGGAAGAACGAGGAACUGAUUCCGCUUAAAAAUCGCGAAUUCGAAGUUACGAAAGACUACGCCCUGCUGAUCCAUUCGAUACAGUUGCACAAUUUGGGCGUGUACACUUGUCAGGCUUACAAUGGUAUCGGUCAGGCGGCCAGUUGGUCCGUAACCGUUAAGGCCAAGGGUCCGUAUUUCUCGAAUAAUCCCGCGGACGUCAAGUAUAUGCAAUACGUGGUUAAUCCACCGGGACCGCCCACCGUUCUUCCACCACCACUCCCGACCGUACCUCCCACUACUCAAAACUGGGAGCGUCCCACCGCGUUCCAGAGACCCACUCCUCAACCCUAUAUUCCUCCCGUUUAUUCUACCGAAGAUCCUAAUUCCUCCGUGUUUGAUCCCAAUGAAAUUUAUCCGCAGUUUCCGGACGGAGGAGUGCCUGAUUCUGUAGUUAUUGUACCAGUUCGUGCUAACAUAACCUCAACCGAAACCAGAUACCCUACGGGUAGUACCGUGCAAAUCCCUUGUCAAGUGGACGGAUAUCCCUUGCCGCAAGUGCAAUGGUACAAAGACGAGGUGCCUUUAUAUCCAAAUGCUAAUGAAAGAAUAUCAGAAUCGGCAACUCAUACCCUAACAAUAAAAUCCGCAGACAAACGCGACUCUGGCAGAUACAAAUGCGAAGCAACUAAUCAGUACUCGAAAGCAACGAGCAGCCUGGAUGUUUCGAUUGAAGGAAUGUACAUCGACCCAAGUUGCACCGACAACCAAUUCUUUGCCAAUUGCAAACUGAUCGUUAGAGCGAACUUCUGCAACCACAAAUAUUACGCGAAAUUCUGUUGUAGGUCUUGCACAGAGGCGGGCCAAUUGCGAGCGGAUAAUAAACAAAACGCUCUCGAUACUAAUCUGAUUUAAAUGCAAAAACUUUGACUCUGAUGCUUAUCUUGUUAGGCAGACCCUCUAGUCUUAAUGAAUUGACAUUUUUAAAAUUUUAAUUUUAGUCUGUCUGUAACACGGGCCAUUAUAGGUGUAAGAUAGUUUUUGUAUGUGCCGGAAAAAGGAUUUUAAUUUGUUUUAAGCAGCUACAUUUAAGCAAACAGAGGUCAACAUGAAUUAUGGACAUGUUCUCCAGGUUUUACUAAAAUUAGUUCGCAUUUUACGGUUAAUAUUAUUAUUGUAGAUAAAAAAAAAUCAGAAAAAAGUGCAAUCGCUGUCGUGUAAAUAUAAUUUUAAAUUUAGUAAUUUAUAUGUGUAAGCAAUGUGUAAAAAUGUGUUCACUUCAUUGUAAAAUGCUAAGAAAUAAUUAUUUUUAAAGAAUAA